AGAGAACAUUGAGCUUUAAGCACAUUCAAAUUAAGUCGAAUUCUAAAGAAAAAAGAAGAUGCGUCUUGCACUUUUGGCGCUUAUCGGCGUGCUCUGUCUCGCCUACAGUUAUGGAAUGGCCUUGGAGGAGGACGACCGACAGAUCGGUCUAUUGGAUGUAGCCGAUGAAGGACAAGCCCAUGCCAAUGAGGGCGACAGAGAGGUCCGACAGUGGGGAGGCGGCUGGGGACACGGUGGAUGGGGAGGCGGCUGGGGUCAUCACGGAGGCUGGGGCGGUCACGGCGGAUGGGGAGGCGGCUGGGGUGGCGGUUGGGGAGGACGAUGGGGAGGCGGCUGGGGUGGCAGAUGGGGUGGUGGUGGCUGGAGAGGCGGUUGGGGUCACGGUGGCUGGUAGAGCUAUGCUAAUUAGACAUGGUCAAGCUAACCAAACUGCCACUCAUAACACCUACCUUCCAAUGUCCAAGCCCCAUCCAAUACCUACAAUAUUCAAAUGUUUGUCAGUUUUGUGUGUGUAAAUAAAGAACAUUACGAAAAACAA